UUAGUUUUUCAUUCUCACUCCUUUUCUUUCGAGCAAAAUUAUUUUCCUUCUCUUCCCAAAUUUUCCCUCUCUUUUCUUCUUUGGAGGGAAAACAUCCAAACACCCCAAACACAGUCUCUCCAUUUACUGAAUGCUAAAGUUAAUGUAGAUUCAGUUUUCUUCAUUUUCCCGAGGACGAUUUGCUUUCAGCCUUUCAUCCUUAGCACAGGCUUUCUUCAGUAAGAGUCUAUUUCAAAAGGAGGAAGCUUUGGGCAGGGGACUGUGCAUGUUGAAUUAUUCAGCUGAAGCAAACUAGAUAAUAAUAACCUUCUUAAAACCAAGAUAUUCUUUGGAGUUGGAGAUGCAAACCAAGAAAAAAAUGCCUGGAAGAAAUUCUGCUCGAGAGCAUGCCAAUCCCAGGGUUUCGAGAUCUCAGAAGAAGGUAUCUGAAACUGUACAAAUUAAAGAACAGAAAGUAACUGAGAUAAUUGCAUCCUCUACCCGAAGGCAGAGAUUUGCUGGUUCGCUUUCCAAGAAAUGUGAAGAGCCUGUUGCUGCAGGAAAUUUGAAUACCAGAUACGGUUUGGUGCAUGAUGAGACCUUUGAUGUUUGUUUGGGGUAUAAUGGAACUAGUGAUGCUUCCAUUGACUGUAAGAGCUACAACGAGGAAACUGCUGUGCCUGUGUUGGAAACUAUAUUUUCUCCUGCUUUUCACAUGUCAAAAAGUGCUGGUGGGGAAAUUGCUAGUGGAGCCGACUUCAUCAAAAUUCUCCGGAAUGGAGACCAGAAAUUUCAUCAGGAUUGUGAAAUUGAGUAUUCACAUGUUGAUACUCUGAACUGUCACUUUAUCAAGAGAACUUCUGAAUCCAUUUGUAGAGAUGAGAAUUCCAAUGAGAAUACAAUAACUUCAGUUAACACAACAUGCCAUAGUAAUAUGGAAGUGGAUAAAAACAUGCCAUCCAAAAAUGCAAAUGUGGGUAACUGUGGUAGUCAGAAGCUUCCAUCAGAUGCAACUUCUAUGAACUCAUCUUGCAAUGUGGACUUAGAAGGAAACAACCUGUCAUCUGAAGUUUCAGCCAUAUAUCUUGCCAUGAAAAACUCUAAACUGGAAUGUGUUGAUGAGCAUGGUCAAGAUUCUAUGUCAACUGAUGGGUGCGUUGAGGAUGAUGACAGUGAGGAAUUUGACGACUUCGAUCCUUACUUAUUCAUAAAAAACUUACCAGAUUUGUCAUCCGUUGUUCCAACUUUCCGCCCCCUGCUGCUUCCUAAACAGACGCGGAGUUGUCCUCCAACUACUCUAGUUCUGGACUUAGAUGAGACCUUAGUGCACUCUACACUAGAACCUUGUGAUGAUGCAGACUUCACAUUCCCCGUUAAUUUUAACCUCAAGGAGCAUAUGGUUUAUGUUCGAUGCCGUCCUCACCUCAAAGAUUUUAUGGAGAGGGUUGCCAGCCUUUUCGAAAUAAUCAUAUUUACGGCCAGCCAAAGCAUCUAUGCUGAGCAGCUCCUCAAUGUCCUUGAUCCAAAGAGGAGGUUCUUUCGUCAUCGUGUUUAUCGUGAAUCCUGUGUUUUUGUGGAGGGAAAUUACCUAAAGGAUUUGUCAGUUCUUGGCCGGGAUUUAGCACAUGUCAUCAUAAUUGACAACUCUCCACAGGCGUUUGGGUUUCAAGUGGACAAUGGAAUACCAAUUGAGAGCUGGUUCAACGAUCGUUCAGACCAAGAGUUGCUUUUACUUCUUCCAUUUUUGGAGAGUUUAGUUGGAGUUGAAGAUGUCCGGCCACUGAUUGCUAAGAAGUUCAACCUUCGAGAGAGAAUCAAUGCUGCAGCUGUUUAUCCUUUAGAAUCAAAUAGUGGGGAUCCUUUUGAAAGACUCGUAACAAGUGAACAGUCACCUGAUUCAUACCUUUUGGUUAAGCCAAAUCUCUCCAUGCCAGCUCGCAUGGCAUGUACUACCAUUGAUCGUGAUCCUAUACCUGCACUCAACCUCCAACGCUCUUCUCCUCCCGCCAUUGCUCACUUAAUUUCAAAAUUCCUAACACAGUGCUCUGUGUUCACUUCUCUGAAAACACUGAAAAUCAUGGUUGUUGCACAGAAAUUGAAGGAAGCAGAGAUCACUGAGCAGGAUUCUCUUCUUCUGACAAGGAACCUUCUCCGUAUUGCCAUAUUCAAUAUUAGUUACAUCAGAGGACUUUUUCCAGAAAAAUAUUUCAAUGAUAAGUCAGUUCCAGCCUUAGAGAUGAAGAUCAAGAAGCUUAUGCCAAUGGAUGCAGAGUCACGCAGGCUGAUUGAUUGGAUGGAAAAAGGUGUUUAUGAUGCAUUGCAAAAGAAAUACCUGAAAACGCUUAUGUUCUGUGUGUGUGAAGCAAUAGAAGGCCCGAUGAUUGAAGAAUAUGCAUUUUCUUUCAGUUAUUCAAAUUCUGAUAGUCAAGAGGUUUCAAUGAAUGUCAAUCGCACUGGAACCAAGAAGGGAGGAACAUUCAAGUGUAACUCCGCAACUGAAGUUACUCCCAAUCAGAUGAGGAGCUCUGCUUGUAAAAUGGUCCGUACGCUGGUGCAAUUGAUGAGAACUCUAGAUAGGAUGCCAGAAGAGCGCACUAUACUGAUGAAACUCCUCUACUAUGAUGAUGUGACGAGGGAAGGAAAUGUAACAAACUUAUUCAACCUGCAGCCAGUGGACUAUGAACCUCCUUUCUUUAGGAGCUGCACUGAAGAAGAAGCUCAUAUCUCAUGGAACAAGAAUCCUUUGAAAAUGGAGGUUGGGAAUGUGAACAGCAAACAUCUCGUAUUAGCUCUCAAGGUAAAGAGUGUGCUUGAUCCUUGUGAGGAUGAAAACGAAGAUAUCCAAAAUGAUGAUGUGAGUUUGGGAGCUGAUUCUGUACAAAGAGAUGAGUAUUCUGAAUCUGACAGUGAGGUUAACCUUUCGCAAAGGGACCAAUAUAUUGUUGCACCAGUAGUGAGUUCAACUCGGAGUAACAAUAAUUCUGGUCCAGAUAAGCAGAAGCCACCUGAAGACACUGGUAUGGUUGAUGAAGAUGAUACCCAGGAUUCGGUGGAAGAUGAACAACAAUUGAGCCGGGUGAAGGAUUGGAUCAGCUGUUGCCACCUUGACACCAUUGAACUCACAGAUGUUCUGUCAAAUUUUCCCGACAUCUCAGUGGUUUUGACUGAAGAAAUUAUGGACAAGCUUGUUAAAGAAGGUGUUCUAUCAAAAACUGGAAAGGACGCUUACACCAUCAAGAGGCAGAAGGAAUGUGAGUAUGAAUUUGAUGCUGUGAAAGAAGAAAUGGGUGCUCAAGCACUUCCUAUUAAUGAUAAAGUUGACCAGGCUAUGGGAGAGGAUCACAUGUACAUGAAGGCUUUGUACUAUGCUCUUCCGAUGAACUAUGUGACAGUUCCUAAGCUUCAAAACAUGCUCCAAGGACAAGCCAAUCAGACUACUGUGCGCAAACUAAUUGAUAGAAUGACCCAAGAUGGAUUUAUUGAUGCUAAAAGCAACCGAAGGCUAGGAAAGCGCGUGAUCCAUUCUGAUCUGACUGAGAAAAAGCUAAUUGAAGUCACAAAAUCCUUGAACAAUGAAGCUAUGGAUUUGGAUGUCAGUGAGCCACAUGACAACUCCAACCAUCUAGGAUUUCACACAAACGGAAGCAACCUCAAGGACAUGUCCACAUGCGGUGUCCUCCACUCCAUUGGAUCAGAUCUCACGCGAAUGAGAGGCAGAUCAGACGUAUAUCAAAAUGGCUCAAUUAGGAGCGAGCAGACCAUUUCAAAGACACUGGGGCAGGGGAACACUCCCACGAGCAGGGUUGAGCCAAUAGCUUCAAGAGAGAGCUUUGCACCAGGGAGUGACAACACCAGAGCAAAUGGAAAUACAAAUUACGGUGAUGAGGUGGAUGCCAUUAUCUGUAGUGAAGGAGCCUAUCCUUCAAUACCUGAAGCGCCGGAAAGCUCAAGCUAUCUGAAAAGCUUUGUUUCGCACAAAAGAAGUGUCGACAGAGCUUCACUCUCACAAACUACAAUGGCAUCUUGCGAGAUGGAGAAGCGAGAAUUGAAGCAUCUAGGGUUCGUGAGGAUUGCUGCGAUCCAGGCUCUGGUAUGCGUGUCGAAUCUGUACUAUUACGCGAAGCAGAACUCGGGGCCUCUCAGAUCAACCGUUGGAGCUGUGGAGGACGCUGUCACCGCUGUGAUCUCUCCCGUUUACGAUAAAUUCAAGGGCGUGCCUGAUCAUCUCCUUGUUUUUAUGGACAAGAAGGUGGAUGAAGUCUCGGCCAAAUUUGAUAAGCACGCGCCCCCAGUAGCCAAGGAGGUUGUAGGCCAGGCCCAGUGUUUGGUUCUGAAGGCAUCAAAGACAGCUCAAACGCUUGUAUCGGAGGCGAAAGCUGGUGGUCCAUCUGCAGCUUUGCAGCAUGCCGCCACCGCGUACAAGCUGUUCAUGUUGACCCAACUAGUGAAGCUGUGGUUUAUCCUCAACAAGGUGCCCCUCUUCCACACGGUAGCAGAUAUGGCAGUACCUACAGCUGCUCACUGGUCAGAUAAGUACAACCACGUAGUUACAGACAUGAGCGUAAAGGGUUAUACCAUCUUUGGUUAUUUCCCGCUAGUUCCUAUUGAUAAGAUAGCCAAGACAUUCAAGCAGAGUGAGGCUGGGAAGGAAAUGGAUUCUGCUGCUUCUUCUGCUGGUGAAUCAUCAUCAGAUUCAGAUUAAAGAGAUCUGUGAUUGUGGUGGGUGUGUAGAAAUGUCAAUCUAGUUUGUAAAUGACCAUUGGAGGAGUCUCUCCUCACUUCCGCCAUGUUAAUGUGAAUAAACUAGCAUGUGGGUGAAUGGUUAACUUAUUAAUGUUGUAUCAGUGGAGUAGAACUUGGUUCA